AUGGCGUCCCCCAGUUACGCCGAGCGUUCUCCUGAUCUGUCAGUGCCGCUCAAGAUUCCCAAAACCGAGAUUCCCUCCCCAGAAUCCGAAGAUCUAAGUGACAGCAACCAAUACCAUUCCAACCCCUCCACCCCGAACAGAUUCUCUCCUCUGAACGUCGGGGUCUCGUUUUCGGGGGGCGUAGGCCGGAGUGGAUCGGCCUCUGCCUCCAACAGCUUCACUGCCUGUCGAGGCAUGUCGUGGACACCGUCUGAAACGAACGCCCUCAUUGCCGUGUGGGGCAAUGAGAGGCUGGCGGAGGCACGGAUGCAGCAGCUGGAAGUGGCCGGGACGGUGUUUUCCGGCAAGGCGCCUGGACCAGCGAUGUACGAGCGGGUGUCCAAAGCGCUUUCAGAACUGGGAUACGAAAGGACCCCAUCCCAGUGUCGAGAGCGGAUGAAGACGCUUAGACGGUGCUAUAGCCGGGUGAAGGAGCAUGGCAUUGGGAAAAGGAAGAGUAGUUACUCCAUCGAGCAGCUGGAGAAGGUGUUUGGGCAGGGAGGCUGGGAUUCUCAAAGCUGUCAACCUGUACUGAUCAACAGCAGUGGGUUGUACCAGGAGAUGGAGUCAGAUGGCAGUACCAUGGAGGACUAUUCUCAGGAAGACUGGUGCAAUCAAGACCUUUCUGCCGCCUUCAAUGUGGGGGACAUAGAGACAGAAGAGAACCAGCUACCAAAGCCCAAAGUUCUUCAGAUAAGACUGGAGCCAUCUGAGCAUGCUCAACAGGAAGUGAUGCAGAAUGUGAUGCGCAUCCUGGAGUCAGUGGAGAUCAAAUGGGAGCAUUUUCAAACAUGGGCUGAUUUCUCCCGCCUCCACCUGUCUAAUAAGCUGGCCAUCUUCGGUGUGGGCUACAACACACGGUGGCGAGAAGAUAUCCGCUACCACUACGCAGAGAUCAGCUCGCAGGUACCUCUGGGAAAGCGACUACGGGAAUACUUCAACCCUGAGAAGGCCGAGGGUAGGGUUAUCAUGAACAAGGUGCAGAAGAUGAACUGGAAAAAUGUGUAUUAUAAAUUCCUAGACAUCACUAUUAGUGAAGCUCGCUGUUUGGAACUGCAUCUGGAAGUAGACUGGAUCCCGAUUGCACAGACCAGGGUGACAGGUUGCAGUAACGGUUCGCAGUACCUCCUCCCAGGGGGCAUCCCAAAAACAUAUGGCCUAUAUGCAAUUGGCUACAAGGAGAUGAGUGUGUCCAAUUCGUCUAACACAAAGGACAAGUCCUCCCCCUCACAAGAAGAUGAGGUGGAUCAUUGUGAGAGUAAGAAAAAGGAGGAGAGGACAUCAGCCAAAGCCACUUACUGUUACCUCGGCAUUGCAGAGGAGAGGACGAUACAGCAAUGUCUGUUCCAGCACUUUCAGACUUCAGGCAAACACUACAACAGUGGGGUGCCCUCAGCAGUAACCAGGUUCCUGCAUGAGAACUGCACAGGCCAGGCCAGAGAGGGCACCCUUUCUGGAUUACCCAUCUACAUUAAAUUCAUUGAGGUGGAGCUGGACUUUCUCUCUGCCGGAUCUUUAGUGGAAUGUCUAGAGACUGCAAUAGGUUAUUCGUUAAAGUUCAACAAGAAGGAAGAACUGUAAUGGAUACAUUUGCCAAAGCCAGUAUACUGAAACAUAGACUUAUCUUAAAGGGGCAGUUUACCCAAAAAUGACAUUUCUGUCAUCAUUCACUCACCUUGAUGUUGUUCCAAACCCAUAUGACUUUCAUUCUUCCUGACUGAGGCAAACAUACUGACUAGUUUGUCUUUUUGUGAUAGAUGGAAAAAAGAAAGUCAUAGAGGUUUGGAACAAUUUGGGGGGUGAGUGAAAGAUGAUAGAAUUAUCAUGUUUGGGUGAAAUAUUCCCUUAAACUGACCUCCAGAAAUUCUUGAAUUUAAAAGUACUAAUGUGGUAUGUUGGGCACAGACAGCUCCAGUAGCAAGGGUAUUCUCAUUUGCAACGGCAAUUGUCUCUAUCAGGGAGUGAAAGCUUUUGGUGGUUGAUGUCGAUGAUAUCCAGAGAGUUAGGUCUGAUUAUUUUCAGGAAUGCCUUUUUUUAAAGAAAUAUUCUGGGUUCAAGUUUCAUCGGCAGAAUUUGUGGCAUAAUGUUGAUUGCCACAAAAUUAAUUUAAACUCUUUCAUCAUUUUCAUUUUUUAAAAAAGAAGCAGAUAUUGAGGAAACAGUGAGGCACUUACAACUUUGUUGCAUUGACGACGUAAUGCCGGAAACCCUAAAACGACCACAAAAACACUCAUUUAAAUGACUUAAAAGCUCAAAUAACAUAUGAGUUUAUAAUUUACUAAAAUUAUAUGCUUCACAUUUCUACCUUUAUUGUGGCAAUCAACAUAAUGGCACAAACACUGUCAAUUAAGCUUAACUUAUUUUGAACCCAGAACUUUCUCCAGCCAAUUAGACUGAGAUCCAAUGCAGAAACUGUAUAAGAAAAAUAAUUUGCAAUAUGAGUAAUAUAAGUAUAAAGUCUAUCUACAUAGAAGUAUAUAUAUAUAAACAUUCCAACAUUUCCAAUUAUAACAUUCAAAGAAUGUUUUCAUAAGCAGUUGAUCAAUAUUUGUUUUUAUUUGGGAGUUCACACAGUGUCUAUGUAUGAUUGUUUCAGUCACAGUCUUGUUUACAUGUUUGGAAAGAUACAAAAUAAAUGAAUGAA